AUGUUAGCGUCCAUUCCACAAAUGGAAGCGCUUCACUCGCUGCCUCGACAUUCGGACACUACAAUGCGACAACCGUCGGCGGAAGAUUUGGACGCUGCGCAGCAGUUGAUCUCCUCAGCGCAGGCGGGUCGUGAACACAUGGCAGAUCACUAUCGGGAUGAAUCGAUGGCACAUGGAUCUCAACCUGGAUCAAAUCAAUGGAUUGAUCGCAAUGAAGCCCCAAGUGACAAAACAUCCCCUGGGGGUCCAAAAGACACAACCUUUCUGGGGCAUUCAUGCAGCAAUUGCGGCACAAAAAGCACCCCGCUUUGGCGUCGUUCCCCGACGGGUGCAAUGAUCUGUAACGCCUGCGGCCUGUAUCUCAAAGCUCGCAACGUCGCUCGUCCCACGAAACGAAAUCGUAUGCAAUCAGAUAGCGGCGAAAAGCCGCCUCGGCCAGCUACCUCUCACUGUGGUUCAUCAGAAGGUGGUUGCAAGGGGUCAUGCCCUGGUGGCGGCAGUUGCAAUGGCACUGGUGGCGCAGAGGGAUGCGACGGGUGUCCAGCAUACAACAACCGCAUCUACAAGUCUGCGCCCCGAGGGGCGGCUACCACCCAGUCUUCAUGGGGCAAGCCUCCCACGCAAGAGGCCGAGCCGGUGCCACAAGAAGAGCCAACUAAGGCUCCUGCCGCGGCCGAUGCAACCAAUGCCUUGGUGGCUUGUCAAAAUUGCGGUACAACUGUGACCCCUCUGUGGCGGCGUGAUGAACAUGGUCACCCCAUUUGCAAUGCUUGUGGGUUGUAUUAUAAACUCCACGGAUGCUAUCGUCCCACCAACAUGAAAAAGUCCAUCAUUAAGCGUCGAAAACGAGUUGUCCCCGCUCUACGAGAGCAGUCUCCUACCGCUGCUACCCUUUCCUCCAAUGGCUCAUCGGCUUCCCCGGAGGCAUCACCUGCUACUCUGGCAUAUGGCCAUGACGAUCACUAUAGGUACAUGAGCAGUGAACCUCUGGAGCACUACCACAUGGCGCCUGGAAAGCCCGAAGACGCACCUCGGCCCUUGCCUUUUGCACCUCCGCCGGUUGAUUUUACUGGUUAUAACGCCUCAUCCGUUCCAAUUUCUCACGGGAUGCCCAUCCCUCACGGACUACCCAAGCCUUUGGGAGUAGAGCGCUUGGGACAAUCGCCUGUAUCUCAAUACGGGCGACGCUCCGCAUCACCAAAUAGCCUCAAUCUUCCCAAGAAACGAACUUUGGCCGAGAGUACGUCGGAAGCCUUGCCGGUCCCAUCUACACUGGAAGGUGGAUCGAACCAAUUGCCUCCGAUCAUGUCUUCGGUCAACCCUACUCCGCCUGGCCGGCUCAGUUCCAUCUCAUCUAUCUUGAAUCAGUCUGAUGUUCGCGCCGAGCCUCGUCCAGAUACCAAUAUGGGACACGCUCAGCCUGUUCAUCACUCCGUCUCCCCUUCGCCUCACCCAGCACAUCCUUUGCCUAGCAUUGCCUCUCUUGGGGAUUCGGUAGAUCGCCGUGCCCGGUUGGAACGGGAAGCCGAACAGAUGCGUGAGCUGCUCAGAGCCAAGGAGCGCGAACUGGCAGAGAUGAGACGAUAG